AUGGCGGAUGAGAUGGACUGGUAUCGCGGUCAGACCGUGUUGCUCACUGGCGGCACGGGCUUUCUGGGUUCAUGUCUGCUCUACAAGCUCACCGUGCAAGUGCCCACGCGCCGGGUCUUUGUGAUCUGUCGCAAAUCAGUCGAAUAUGCCAUUGCGAAGCUGGAGGAGUUGAUGCCAGAGCAGAGUGACGAGAUCCUGGACACUGGCAAGAUUCACUUUGUGAUCGGAAACCUGGGUCGUCCAGACUGGGGGAUGAGGCCCGCAGAUCUUCAGCGCUUGAAGGAUCAGGUCACGGUGGUCCUCCACGCCGCAGCAGAGACCUCCAUUAUUGCUAAUCUACCCCAGGUGGUCCAGACAAAUUGUCUGGCGUCUCUCUCGUUGCUGGACCUCCUCUGCAGCUUCCCGCUCCUCCACACUCUGCUCUACAUCUCGAGUGCGUUUGUCAACAUCUUCGUCCCGGAGACCUUCAUCCAGGAGGAGGUAUACAUCCUGCAUCCGGAUAUCGAAACAAAGGCAGACUUGCACGCCCACCUCCGAUCAAUCCGUGAGACUGGAACCUCGCCGUUGAGCCAACGCUUUCCCAACCCUUAUAUCUUCUCCAAGUACCUGGCCGAGAGAGCCAUUCUCGAUCAAGCCGACGCCCUGCCCUUUGCCCUCCUGGUUGUCCGCCCAUCCCUGAUUUGCCCCGCGAUCUGUGAUCCAUACCCGUCCUAUGGGGUUGACAUGGUGUCACCAGUUUAUUCGGCACUACAGAUGAUCGUCAGCAGCCGCGAAUACGGAAUCGAACGGCUGGCUCGCGAGCUCCCCCCGGACGCCUACAUAGAUGAAUUACCGGUGGAUCUGGUAGCCAACAUCUGCCUGCAACAUCUGGCCAUGGGGACUGUGGGCAUAGUGCACGCCACUGGGGACUUGUUUUUUCGGCCAACGGUCCACGAAGCCGCUCUGUUUCUGCGAGAGUAUACGCCAUGCGAGCUUCAGGGCCAGAUCCGUCAACGACAAAUGGGCGAACACAGCAGUUUGUCGGCUUUUUUCUUCGAGAAUUGCAAGUGGUACUGUGUGCGAUCCACAUUUGGCUGUGGUCGCUCAGCCCAGCUGAAGGAAUCGCAGGGAACCCUUGGUCUACAACGAGCAUGCAGGGGCCCUGUGCCUAUCUUCAAGGAUCGUGUUGAACGGAUGUCACGUGUUCUGGUUCAGCAGUUGAAGACGAGCAGCAAGGGCAUUGUGUAG